GUGCCGGACGUGGGCGGGGCCUCCCCCCUUAUCCCGCAAGCUUCCUAAAGCGAACGUAGCCAGCGGGCACGUCUUGCAAUGGAGACGGUAACUUCUUCAGAUAGCUUCCCAGCUGUGGAAAAUGAGCAUCCUCAAGGAAGCUACUAACUGUCCCACCCUAUGCAGAGACCCCAGAAUCCAACAAUAGCGUGUAUACUUCCUUCAUGAAGUCUCAUCGUUGCUAUGACCUGAUUCCCACAAGCUCCAAAUUGGUUGUAUUUGAUACGUCCCUGCAGGUAAAGAAAGCAUUCUUUGCUCUGGUGACUAAUGGUGUACGAGCUGCCCCUUUGUGGGAUAGUAAGAAGCAAAGCUUUGUGGGUAUGCUGACCAUCACCGAUUUCAUCAAUAUCCUGCACCGCUACUAUAAAUCAGCCUUGGUACAGAUCUAUGAGCUGGAAGAACACAAGAUAGAAACUUGGAGAGAGGUGUACCUACAGGACUCCUUUAAACCACUUGUCUGCAUUUCUCCUAAUGCCAGCUUGUUUGAUGCUGUCUCUUCAUUAAUUCGAAACAAGAUCCACAGGCUGCCAGUUAUUGACCCAGAAUCCGGCAACACCUUGUACAUCCUCACGCACAAGCGCAUCCUCAAGUUCCUCAAAUUGUUUAUCACUGAGUUCCCCAAGCCAGAGUUCAUGUCUAAGUCUCUGGAAGAGCUACAGAUUGGCACCUAUGCCAACAUCGCUAUGGUCCGCACUACCACCCCUGUGUACGUGGCUCUGGGCAUCUUUGUACAACACCGAGUCUCAGCCCUGCCUGUGGUUGAUGAGAAAGGGCGUGUGGUGGACAUCUACUCCAAAUUUGAUGUUAUCAAUCUAGCAGCAGAAAAGACGUACAACAACCUAGAUGUGUCUGUGACCAAAGCCUUGCAACAUCGAUCACAUUACUUUGAAGGUGUCCUCAAGUGCUACCUGCACGAGACUCUGGAGACCAUCAUUAACAGGCUGGUGGAAGCAGAGGUUCACCGACUUGUAGUGGUGGAUGAGAAUGAUGUGGUCAAGGGAAUUGUAUCACUGUCGGACAUCCUGCAGGCCCUGGUGCUCACGGGUGGAGAGAAACCCUGAGCUGGGGAAGGGGUCAGAUGGCAGCAAGGGAUAUGCCCACUCACUGUCCUCCCAAAGCUGUGGAAACCACAGAUGGAACCUUGAGAGAAUUGUAACUCUGUUCCCUGUUUGGGACCCCCCCGCCCCCCAACCCUUCUACCUUGGAGCUGGGAAAGGUGGGGAGGGAGAGGAGAAUGGAUUUUUAACUGUCCUAUCCUCACACAUACGCUUGAGGAAAACUUCCAGCCCAGCCCAGCCCAUCCUAGCGGGUCCUCUUAGACUCAGCCCCUGUUCUGGGUGAAAUAUGAACUCCAUGCCCCUCAGGCAAAUUCUGAUCUCUAAGAGAUCACAGACCUUACCCAGCUUUUGCCUGUAUGUCCGUCCCUGACUCCAGCCUAAGAUAAUAGCACAACAAAACUCUUCGUAAAAAUCUUUUUAUUCAUCCUGUUUCAUGCUGUAUGGAGGAGGCUAAGUCCAUUUAGUGACAUUUCUUCUCAUAAGAGGAGUAGGGAGGACAGCCUUUGGGUUCCUGUGCUGUGUGCAUAUGAAGGGAGGUGGGGUUAGGUGGAGGAGGAAGGCAGAGUGGUUAGCUGAGGUUAUUGCUUUUCAUGUAAAACCUAAUUAAAAUGACAGGAAUCUCUUCAUGGUA